CCUUGCAAAGCAAAUAGAGGACAGAAUCAAGGGGUCCAAAGUCCGGCCCUCGGGACUCGUCCUCCCGUUCCCUCCUUUUCUUUUCCGUCCUUCUCUUCUUCCCUCGCUUCCUCGGUCUUUCCAAGAUGGUGCUGGAGCUCUACCUGGACCUCCUCUCACAGCCCUGCAGAGCGGUCUACCUCUUCGCCAAGAAGAACGGCAUCCCUUUCGAGUUCAAAGACGUCACCCUUUUCAAAGACUCCAUCUUGGGGAGCAAGGCCCCGGGUUCGAGUGGCGCGGAAGCGGCGUCGGCCCAGACAGGGCCACAGGAGAAGCUGACCCUGUCGAAGAAAGUGCCGUUCCUGAAAGACGGGACCUUUGUUUUGACGGAAGGCAUUGCCAUCCUCCUGUAUCUGACCCGCAAAUACUGCACUCCGGACCAUUGGUACCCAGCGGACAUUGAGAAGCGGUCAAAGGUGGAUGAAUACCUCUUCUGGCACCAAGGAAACAUGAGAGCGGAUGCCCCAAAGACCAUGUGGAUCAAGGUCUUGAUCCCGCUCUUUACAGGGGAACCGCUGCCGGCAGGGAAACUGCAGGAAGUGAUGGAGGGCCUCGCUUCGGCCCUGAAGCAAAUGGAGGACCUCUUCCUGGGCAACAGGCCCUUCCUGGCAGGACACGAAAUCUCCGUGGCAGACCUGGUGGCCGUCGCAGAGCUCAUGCAGCCGGUGGGCGUCGGGUGCAACGUCUUUGAGGGCCAUCCGCGUCUGGCUGAGUGGCGAGUGCGAGUGGAGAUGGCAGUCGGGCGGGAGCUCUUCCUUCAGGCCCACGAAACGGUCCUCAAAGUCCGGGAGAUGAGUGGCCUCCACAUCGACCCUCGGCUCAAGGCACAGCUGGCACCGGCCCUCAAGAAGAUCAUGGAAUGAAGGCAACGUUAUGGAUAAUAAUCGUAAUAAAAUAAUGACGUAUCUAUAUUUUUAAAAGGCUUUGCACUCUGUGCACAAUGGGAAACAAUGCGCAGUUGCGCACUGGGGAUUCAUGCGCAGUUCUGCGCAUCUGUGGCGUUGAUACAAUGUGUGAUUGUGUCGGGUGUUAAUGCGCAACCAUUAAAAUUAAAGCACAACAUGAAACAAUGCUCAA